AUGAAACCCUACUCGGUUUUCCACUUCAUCGCGGCGGCCAUGGCCGCAAUCACCAUCAGCGACCCUGGGGACAUUAUACCUGCGUUCCAAUGGGAAUCCGACAACGCCAUUAUUGCUGAUUACAACGUAAGCACCGAGGCAGUGCAAAGAAUUGCCCAAGUUGGCCCCUACAUGGUGCGUGGGCAGGAAAAGCGAUUUAACCAUACUACGCUGGCUGUCGACGGCAACGACACCAGCGUACUGGUCGCGACAGAGCACGCCAAUGUGUAUGUCGACCAUACGGAGGUUGUGAAAUUCGGCUAUUCCAGCAACCUCAUCCAGGCCAGCUUUUAUGGCGUAAACUCAGCCGUGCUCGUCGCAAACAACAGCCAGCUGCGUUUGACGGACGUGAACAUCACAACACACAAUGGUGCGGCAAAUGUUUACGCCUACGGCACCGACUCCGUGGCCUAUAUUGAUAACGCCUGGCUGUAUAGUUCGGGGCCAACGGCGCAUGGGUUGUAUGCUGCCGGCAAUGGAACAAUCCGGGCGAGGAAUGUGCAUCAUUUCAGUGGUGGGAACCGCUGCUCUUCGUUUUCCGGGGAUACUCCAGCUGGAUACCUCUAUGUAGAGGACUCGAUCGCUCAUACUACCGGAAUUGGAUCGGCUAUUGUCUUUGCAGUCAAACAUGCGAACCUAACCAAUGUAGUCGGGUAUGCCGAGCAGUCGCCCGCCUUCUUUACCAUUGGUGAAGGCCAUGCCGUUGCUACGGACUGUGACCUCACUGCUGGACUUUUGGGUGGGGCAGUCAUAUUUAGCAUCUCCAAGGAUACCCAGGCAUAUCCAUUUCAGUUUACUCUGGAGAACACUAGAUUGAAGGUUCUAGGCGAUGCACCGGGACUCUGGUACGGAACGGUCUAUGCCGACAGCUACAUCCGCAACAGUCAGAUUAUCACCGAAGAGUACCUGGAAGGCGAUCUAGUUGCAUACAAUGGGAGCACACUGGGAUUCUCCCUUGAACGACACUCGCAUUGGAAAGGGCGAGCCUACGUCGGAUAUGGAGAAGCUGAGCUGGCCGUGUACCUCGAUAAGACAAGCAGUUGGAAUCUUACAGGGGAUACUGCGCUAAAGGACUUUACCAACGCAGACAUGUCCUUUGGGAAUGUCAACAGCAACGGUUUCUCCGUCACAUAUGACGCUGAUGCUCCCGCAAACAAGGCGCUGGCAAGACGGACUUUUAAUCUCACUGGUGGAGGAACUGUCUCGCCAGCCUAG